CCGCAAUAACAUUUCUCUUCUAAUAUCCGCCACAUGAGAAUAUCUUACAACCAACAUGAAUAUGCAGCGGUCGAGCGAACACAUAGUUCCAAUAGCUGCUGGAGGACCAUCUCACGUAAGUACAAAUCAGUUUGCCAACUAUCUGCCCGAUGAAAUACUUCUUGAGGUCUUGAACUACUUCCCCAAGGGCGCGGAAUCACAAGGUCAGCUUGCAAAGUUCUGUAGCGUCUCACGACAGUGGUACGAUGUUGGAAUCGAAAGGCUGUACGAGGCUCCAUUCAUAUCUGGCAAAGCGUAUGAUUUGUUCUAUGCGACCGUCUGUCCAAGCAAGAACCUUCACAUCAAGCGGAGUGAUCUAGCUGGCCUAGUGAAAGUGUUGGACUUCUCUCACCUCGUCCAUCAAGGCAGUAAAGCGCAAACUGCUCGCCUGCUAAGCCGAACGCAACAAUCUCUCCUCACCUUCGUCGCACCGCAGGCCUCCUUCGCGAUCAACUGUUGGGCCUCACUAUCCAAAUGCCACAAACUCCGCGUCCUAGAUCUUUCCCUGGUUUCGGAAUGUAUAUCAUACCAGUCCCUCACGCAAACCCUCCGCCAACUCCCCGAACUCACCGAACUAUACCUCCCCCGCUGCUCGAGCCGGUACGACUAUAACGACACAAAAGGUAUAGGAACCAGUGUCAAAUGGCCGCUCCAACUCCAACACCUCACCUUGUCCGGAAGCGUGCACGGCAAACUAAUGUGGGACAUGGUCGUGCAACCGGAAACCUUCCCGCGCACGAUCCGUUCCAUCGCGCUAUCGCACUGCCCGAAGGUGUCCGCCGACGAGAUCCGCAAGCUCCUCAAAAGCCUCGGGGACCUAGUAACGCACGUGGAGCUCGUGGGACUGCCCGCCGUGUCGCAAGGCCGCAUGAACGGGAUCCUGCAGUGGGCGCCGAAGCUCAAGAACCUCACCAUCGCGACGGACUACAUCGACAUGAACUUCGGGCACAUGCCGGACAAGUUCAAGGCCUCGAUGUGGAAGCUCGCGCAGCCGCUCGAGUCGCUCACGCUCGCGACCUCCGGACAGCGCGACGUCGACCCCUCGCGCGCCUUCGCGGCCGUCGACCUCUUCUCGCUGAUCGACGAGCGGUUCCUGGGCCGCAUGCGCUUCAUCAGCGUCGCGCAGAGCACGGGGUGGGCGGCCAAGGACGACGGCGCGGAGGUGGAGGCCUUGGAGAUGCUGCUGCAUGAGUUGGACAAGGAGAAUUGGGACAUGAGGAGGUGGCACUAUGAGGAGUUCUUGGGGCGAUAUGAGGGUGUGAGCUGGGGGCAUUGGGCACUCUCGCCGAAGGGCAGGACCAUGCGUGCGAAACUGAGGUUGUUGAAAGAUAUGUAGGUUCGUUCGCUUGUUUGGUGGUGCGCGUUGUACUCUUUUUUGAGCUUUUGGGUGACGAACUUUUGCGCGUAGGAAAUCGGAGGGCAUUGGGGAAUUUCCUAUGGCAUAAAGGAAGCAAGCGCUUUUGCCCUUUAUCUUUCAGAGUCGUACGGUCAACGCUCGCUUGCGACGAAGAAGACGAAGCCACGAAAUCACGAUGUGUUUGAAUAACGAAAGAAGAAGCAUGAGCGUUAUCUGUCAUUAGUAGUUUGUCUUGGAAGCAGGCAUGUAUGUAAUAAUUUUAUUCGUCCCGUCACGAUGAUGGCUAGCGAAAGAUUGCUGGUGUACUUGCGCAUAUCCCAUCAUCUCUCUUACUAUGUAUCGUUCAACCA